GUCUGAGAGGGAGGCGCGCGGCGUCGCGCGUCCGUGAACUCAAGCACAGAAGCUCUGCAAGCGCGCGACUUGCCUUUGGUCAAAGCAUAAGAUGCGCCUACUGUUAUGCUGCUUCACUCCCAAACACGUCAAGGAGGCGCCGGGCGUACCUGCGCCAUCGUUGCAACGUAGCCUCGGCCAAUCGGGAGACGGUGUCGCGCACGGCAAUUAUGCGGUUGAGAGCCAAGCUGUUGGUGCUGCUGCUGCGCAAGCACCUCUUGGACGGCGCGAAGCGGGGAAUGCGGCCAUCCCCACCAAGACGGAUGGGUCCUCUGAAAUACAGUGUACGCCCCACGCACGCGCACCCGCACCCGCAAUGCAUGCAAGCGCCAGCGCACCAGAUGUGCACAACGACACGGAGAUGCCAAGGGGCCCAGCCAUCCCGUCGGCGCUGUUGGUGUCAACCCAUGCACGCAGCUUCUCCCAGCGCGUGCACUCCAUGCACUCCCGUUCUCGACUGGCGCUGUGUACACGCGCGGGCGAUGCUGAGGCGGAGGCACGCGGUCAGCAGCAAACCAACGCCCGUGCUGCUACUAGUGCUGGUGGUGUUGACAGCAGCGGCGAUGAUGGCAGCGGCGACUCGGCUGCGUCCUCGCCACUGAACACUUGCCCUAGCCCCUUCGUGGCGGGUGCUGCUGCGGCCACACCGCAUCCCUCCAACGUGCCGCCGGAGCAUCAGCCACCGCUGCCAGCCGCAUCUAAUACCUUGCAGGACCCUGCGGCCCUGUACGCAGGCCGCAUAGCCGUGCCCAGCGCGCCUGCCUCGGCUCUGGUCGUGUCCUGGGUGCCCGAAGCGGAGGGGAAGGCUCCCGGCAGCACAAACAGCGCCACCCUGGCCCACGACAGUAUAAUUCCGGUGGUUGCUAAUGCGGGCACGAAUGCCGCAGCGGUCUUUCCUGUACACCGCCCGGUGGCUCCCGGCUCCAUGGUGGCUCUCGCCGCGCUUGCCAGCGCCGCCGCAAGCGGGCGGCGCGCUUCGAUGAGCCAACGCCGGCUGCGAGUGGUGGGCCGCGCGAGUGGGUCCAGCGCCAGCAGCUUUGUUGCCGACGCCACUGACGGCACUGGCCUUGCAGCGGCGGCGCUUCAACGCGAGGCGUUGCAGGCGGAGCCGGGCGCGCAUGCCGAGCUCCCGCGACCCCACGAUCUGGAGAGGAGCCCCGGGCCGCUGUGGCGCUCCGCUGAGGCCCUCUUGGGCACACGCAUCCUGGACACGCAGUUUAGCUUCGGGGCAGAUGCUGACACCGGCGCCGGCGGCCUUGGGCCCGUGCCGCGGGUAGCUGGCGUCAGUCCGUUGCUGUUGGCCUCGGUCGGCGUGAUGCUCGCGUCGUCCAUGUCGGAGCCGGCGUGGACGUCGGGCAGUCCGGACGUGUGCCUCAGCAGCGCCGCCGGCACCCACCACACGCCCACAGGCGGCGGUGGCACAGCUGGCAACGGCAGCACGGGCGCCGGCGGCGGAAGCGUGGGCGCCGCAGGCGCUGGGGGCGCCGCCGCCGCAACGGGAAUUCCAGCAACAGUUGCGGCAGCAGCGGCUGCGGAGGCCGCGGUUGCUGCUUCGUCGUCUGUAGGCGGCAGGGCGGCCGGCGCAGCCGCGCGACGUGGCAGCAGCAGCGCUGUGCAUGGUGAUGUGGCUGCAGCUGCGGCGGACGCAACGGCGGCUGGCAUGCCGCCUAUAAGCACCAUGGCCACAAGGAAAGGGGCGGCCAGCGCGCAGUCCAUGCAGCUGGGCGCAUCGACACUGGCGGAUGGCGGAUGGGCCGGUGAGGCCACAACGCAGCAUGGUCCUGAGUAUGCCGCAGCGGCUGCAGCCGCCGUCCGCUACACAGCGACUGCGGGGACAUCAUCUUCGGGCUCUCGCACCGCGCUGGGCCUCCAGCCAGGCGGCAGCGAGCGAAGCGACGCAGCAGCAUGCGCGAUGGCUGUGUUCGUGCCCGUGGCCGCCACAGGCCACCCGCACGACGGCACCGUCCGCGGCAGCGGCGGUGGCGGCAGCGGUAGCGCGCACAGCGGCGCGGCUGGCAGCGGUGGUGCCGGAAGCAGCGGCGAGGCGGCGCACGCUGCGGCGCCGCCGGGGCACUCUGCCGGACUGGCCAUGGUCCAUGUGUACCCAAGGUCCUCCAGGCUGCAGCUGCUGCCGGUCGAGGGCGGCGCCGGCAGCGUGGUGCAGCACUCGCAUUCCGGCUCUGUACCGCGCUGCUCCAGGGAGGCCGCGGCCGCCGCCGCCGCGGCGUUGGCGCCCGUGUCCGAUUCCGAGUCGUGCCUGGCGUCGACCGGCGCGGCGGCCGACAGCGGCGGCGAGGGCCUGGGAGCUGCGGGCGCCGUGGGCCGCGAGGGACGGCCGACCUGGACGACGGCGAUGCAUGCAGAGGGCGGCGGCGUUCAUGACGCCGCCAGCGAUCUCGACAGCGGGUUCAGCGUCGGCGGCGACGUCGAGGGCGGCCCGCAGUGGCGCUGUGCCGACAUGGGGCAAGCCUACGUGUCGCGCCCACCGCCGACAGCAGCAGCAGCAGCAACAGAGGCAGUGCCGGCUGCGCCGGACGUAAACACCGGCACCGCGGCGGUCAAAGCAACGUUGACAGACACGGGCAGCACCUGCCAGAGCCUCAGCCUGAACCCCCAACCCCCCAGCAUUGGCGUUGGCGCUGGCGGCGGUUCUGCCGCGCCCGCGCGUGCGAUGCAGACGCUUCACGCACAGCUCUCCCCUAAAAGUGGCUGCUCCGCCCGCUCAGGAGAGGGUGGCGCCGCUCACGGCGCUGGCAGGACGGCGGUGACCGCCGGCGCUGUCGUCAGCGGAGGCACGUGCUCCGCGCGCUCGGGCACCGUCAGCAGUGAGGCCGGCGGCAUGGGGCCCCCGCGGUCCAUGCGUCUGGCAAUCUUCCCGGGACACCAGGCUUCGUGGCUGGCUCUGCAGAUGCAUUUCUUCGGUGGUGCAAUGGGCGCCAGCGGGGCACUGGAGCCGCGCGUGCCUCUGUCCGCGCUGGCCAGCCUGGACAUUGCGCGGCUGAGCCGGGAGGUGUCGGCGCUGGUGUGGAUCGGGCAGGGCGGCGGCGGCGCGGUGUUUCAGGGGCUGUGGCAGGGCGCGCGUGUGGCGGUCAAGUUCCUUCUGGCGGCCAGCCCCGCGCACGUGGACGCCUCAGCACUGGAAGCCAUCGUCAGCCUGUCGGUCGCGCACCCCAAUGUUGUGCACACGUACUGCGCUGAGGUCGCACGGGUCGACGAGGCCUCGCUGGCAGAGCCGGCGGCGAGGCCUCAAGGCCGGCGCGGUAGCGUGGCCGGCUUAACUGCCGCCGCCGGCGCGCCAUGGCGCGGAAGCACCGGAGGCGCCCACGAGGAUGAGGACGCUGCCGUCACGGCGCUUUACAACGCCCUAAUCAUGGAGACGACAGACAUGUCGCAGCGGCUUCCACCACUGCCUCAACCCCAGCCGUCUAGCAAGGGCGGCUCUGCCGCCAUUGAUGGCGUGCUGCUGCCGCAGCACCUGCCACCGGCGGCGCCCGCAGGCGACACCGGCAGCGCAGUGGCGAACACUGGCGCCCGGCGCGGCACCAGCACCACCGGGGGAGGCGCGGCCUCGGGUGGAAACUCAGCUGCCGAGGUCGCGGCAUCCCAGCGGCUGCAGCCUCCGGCUGCCGACUCCCACGCGAUCACCUCUUUCUUUGAGAGCCACGAGGGGUUCGGCGAGCCAGACCUGGCCAGCAACGACCGCGCCUGGACUGUGCGCCAGGUGCUCACCCACAUGGAGGCACAGCCCAGCAUGUACCUGACCCACAUCAUUAUGGAGCACUGCGACCGUGGCUCGCUGCUCAGCGCCAUAAAGCGCGGCAUAUUCCGGCUCGAGCCAGAGGCAGCCGUGGAGGCCGCGGAGGCCACCGGCCCUUCCUCGGCUAGCUCCCUUCGCUCCACGGCACACAGCUCCAAGGAAGGCUGGGCCACUACAGUGGCGGCAGCCGCCUCGGGAGCCAGCGGCGGACGGCCCGGGCUGACACGCAUUCCAGAGGCGGCCGUAGAGGCGGGCCGCUUCCCGCGUCGCGUGGUGCUCCGCGCCAUCCUCCGCACCGCCCGUGACAUCGCACAGGGUAUGGCGCACCUGCACGCCAAUGGCAUCAUCCACGGAGACCUGAAACCAGGCAACGUGCUGUUGCGAGGCUGCCGCACCGACCGCCGCGGCUUUGUGGCUGCCGUGGCGGAUUUCGGACUGAGCAAGGUUGUGCGCGGCGACCAGCCUCUCGAGCUGGACCGCUGGAGCACGGUGACGGUGAUGGCGCCGGAGACCAUUCAGGGCCGCUGGCACAAGGCGUCAGACGUGUACGCUUUCGGCAUCCUGCUGUGGCAGCUGGUCACAAGCGAAGUGAUGCCGUACGGCAACCUGACAGUCGGGCAGAUUCUGCUGGGCGUGUCGCAGGGCACGCUGCGACCGGGAUGGCCCGGCGGCGUGCACCCCGCUCUGGUGCGGCUGGGCCGGGCGUGUCUGGCGACCAACGCCAGCGAGCGCCCCAGCUUCGACGCAAUCGCCAAGGUGCUGACCAAGAUUGAGACCAACGUGCGGAACGAGCUGCGCGAGCAACAGCGGCAGCAGCGGCAGCGUCUACAGCAGCAACAGCUGGCGGUGCCUGCGUUUGUGAGCGAGGGUGGCUACAGCCAGGAAGGCCCUGGCGGCAGUAGCAAGGCGUACGUCCGCAAGUACAGCGCGGUGUAGCCGGCGCCGGCAAUGAUGUACCAAACGCGGCCUGCCAACUAAAUGUUAGUUGUACACUUGUACGCUGAGGCGAUGAUGUACAGCAUGCGUACGUGCGCCUGUACGGUGCACGCACCGGGCAUGAAACUUGAUUACGUGAUGCGUCGCACGUACAAUUCCUUUUUCGGGCCGUUUCUAGUUACAUCCCGUGCAAUACCUCACGGUGUGCCCCGUCGUCAAUGGUGGGCUGGGGCACCACACGCUGCAUCUUACGGUCCGGUACUGGCCGCUACCACUGCCUUCAUCCCAUGCAUCAACAACAUGCCUGCCUGCCUUCAUGCAGCUCGUGGUCGAAGUUUCAUCCUAUACGAUCUGAGCAGUACUGCUUUUCAACACGGGAUCAUAAUAUUGUCCGUUAGGUCUGGUGAUCGGGUGUCGGGUGAGGUUCCUUAGGCUGCACGCAUCACAUCGCAGGGUGGCAUAGCCGCGUGAGCAUUGUCCUACGCUCUUAACAAUAGGUGAGGGCGCCAGGGCGGCCCCGCACGUGCAUCAUAGGUAAUGAAUGGAUAUCUGCUCAUCAUUGCUGAACGCAGUAACAGCCUUUUGGCAGCAUGCGAGGAUUGGAUGGUUGAAUUCAAUGUCAGGGCCAUGAGGCUGGGUUCCUACCAGGCCUGUGGGCCGAGAGAACGCUGGUAGGAAGCACCCUCUUAUGAUGCGUGCAUAUGAACAUGUGUGGGCAUUGCGGGAAAUACCUCGCAUGCAUCACGGUAUAGCCGCGAACGGCGUCAUUGGAUUAUAUCAAAGCGUUCGCCCGUGCUGAGGUUGUCUUGAGCGGUCGAAGGUUGGCAGAGGCUUAAUCGGCAACAGGGAAACCCGUGGUUGAAGCUGUGUACGCGCGCACGUGUACCUAAUGGAAGUCAUCAUGAAGAGCGUAAGCUGCCUCAGACGUACUGCACGUGCAUGAGCUUGGUUAUGAUGAAUUUCCGCCUUGAAUGCAAAAGGAUGCAUGCGCUUGUGUCCUGUAAGGACAUGGGAACCAAAUGAAUGUUGUGUUGGGGAAGUGGGAUAAGUAAAGAGUUUUGUACGUGUGGGUGCAUGGUGUGGGUGAUGGCGCACAAUUUGCGCCACAGGCCAUCGUGCGAACGAAGUGCACUCAUGCCAAUGAGACGGGACGUGGCUAUGGAUUGAGCGUGGCAAGGCAAGCGAUGACGGACGCUUGCGUAAUGCGGGUUGUCAGGCUGGUCGGUCGGGCGCCAUCUUCCGAGGAGCUGGAGGGGACUUCACUUGCCUGCAUCAAUAUAUAUGUCGCUGCUGCAGAACCUGUGGCAGGUGAAUACAAGACACGCACACCUGUGUGUGUACGGUGCAUUGUACUCCUGCGGCUGUCACAGGACCGACGCUUCCAUAAGGAGCGAUCUGCACAACAUCAAAGGGUCUUGCACCGUACGCACGCUGGUCUUGUGCGGCAGCAGAGGCGUUACGCCCAGUUGCUGCUCGAGUGCUUUUAUGUUUCACAACGUGCCCGGCAUAGUAUGAUGGCAUGUGGUUGAAUCCGCCAAUGUUGCUGUUGCUCAGAACACGUAUUGCGGUAUGAUUGAGCUAGUGAGACAAGAAAGUCAGAGUCCCUGCUUCACUUUCAUUCAGGGGUUCCCCUGCUUUCAUUCAUUCGAGUGGGGCGUUAUUGGAGCAGAUGGGGCCCAGCCCAGGGAGCUUCUCCCUUUGUGCUCUGGACGCCAUGGAAGCGCCACGAGCUCUCAGGACCAUCAAGGCCGCGACUUGUCUUGCUGCGGGCGCGUGGUUAUACGUACUAUUCUCCUCGGAAAUGGCUGGAGUGCACGACUGCAGGGGCCCGGGCCUGAGCUGGCUUGCCGACUUGUCGAGUACGGUUCGAGUAUGGCCGCCGUGUCAUGGGGCUGCCGCGUGUGCCGCGGAAUCGUGCCGCAGACCUGUCGUGUUGUGUUGUGUCGUGUUGGUCACACGGUGUGCGGGUCAAGCACUCAAGCCAGUGCCUCGGGACUGGCCAUGGCGGCGUGCAAUGAAACGACAGGCCCGACGAGGUCUUCCACCGUGUGAAAACCACCAUUUGCCUUUGCUGCGGGGUUGUAUGGUUGUGGUUAUACAUACUUUUACGGUUACGGUUAUACAUACUAUUAUCUUCGGAAAUGGCUGGAGUGCAAGACUACAGGGCCCCGCCCGAGGCUUACUUAGCUCGCCUAGUACCGGUUACCGGUUGGACGCCGUGUCAUGGGGCCGCCGCGUGUUCCGUGGAACCGUGCCGUAGACCUAUGAUGGUGUCGUGCCGUGUCACACGGAGUGCGGGUCAAGCCAUUGCCUCGGGACCGGACGGGACCCAAGACGGGACCGGCCAUAACGGCGCGCUAAUGAAUCGACAGGCCCGAUAAGGUCUUCCGCUGCAUGCAAGCAUUCCAUUGCCA